GACCCUCCUCCUCUGUCUCAUGAGCAGAGAAAGGAACUAUAAAGAGCUCUUCCCCUUUGCACGAGGUCAUUGAGGUAGCAACUUAAGACGGCUCCUGGUCCACACUGCCUGACCACUGUGGCAGCUGCAGGCUCUGUCCUCCACACUCUGGCUCCAGGAUGGUGCCAGCUGUGGGGCUGGCCAUGGGCCCCCAUCCCAACCUCCUCCUGGUCCUCAUGCUCUGCCUGGCCCAGACCGUCCACAUGCAGGAGGGGGUCCUGCCCAAACCCUCCAUCAGGGCCAAGCUGGGUCCUGUGAUCCACUGGGAACAGCCUGUGACCAUCAUGUGCCGGGGCCCAGCUGGGACUGACCUAUUCCAUCUGGUGCAGAAUGAGAAUACAUCUGUUUACUGGGAUCAGAAUAUCUCUUCUCCACAUGGCUCCCAGGGGGCAGAGACCACAUUCCACGUCAACGUAGUGAGUGACAUCAUGCCCAGGAGUUAUUUCUGCUCUUAUAGUAAAGGGCCCAGCUGGUCUGAGCCCAGUGAGCCCCUGGAGCUGAAGGUGACAGGUGAGGACGUCUCCACUCCACCAUUCAGGUUUGCCCCAGGUCCCUCCCCCACCUCCCAGAAUUACUCAGUAGAGAACUAUGUCCGCAUUGGCCCGGCAGGAGUGGUGUUGCUGAUCCUGGUGGUGAUCCUGGCAGAGGCUGGGCACAGCUGGCACAGGUAG